GGUGAAAGGCUACUGAAGGCCCUUUCGUGUCUGUUAAUAGUCUCCUUUCAGGUCGUGCGCAUUUUCCUGCUCACUCGGCCGGUUCAACGUCGCCUUCGCCUGAUGACUGUGAUGUCCGGCUAUUGGCCGAGACCGGGAGGGCACGUCAUCUCCAUCAAUCAGGGGGACUGCAUGGUUCUCCUCUGAGGAAUGUCCUCCCUGCACGCCCCGUCCAGCCGCCUGACCAUGCGUGGCUGUGGAUGCAAGAGAGGCCGGGCAUGAAUUGCAUUCCCGUCCAAUGAUUAUGCAGGGGAAAGGUGAUAAUGACUUUCUAUCAGGAGGGGAAAACCGCCCUCAACUCUCUGCAAAAGAGGUCACAGUGCUGGACCUGGGCGGCAGGUCUCCUGAACUGGAGGUGGAGGCAGCUCCUGGAUUUUAUUUGACUCUCUGCACCCCUUCGGUUAGCUAUCCUCCCCCUCUUCCUCUCCCACCGGAAUGUGGGUCUCUGGAGGGCUUUCCUACACCGGCCUCCCCUCGCUCCUCCCGCGUCACCUGGCGGUGCACGGCAAAGGGCUCUCCGGGAGGCAGAGACUCGAUCGUCGAGACGCAUCACUGUUGUUUUGGAUCACUUGCAGAGGAAAUUGGCUCAUCUUUUUAUUCUGGAGCCGCGGUGGAAAGUUCGGACUGUAAUGGAGCUGCAACGGAUGACAGGAGCAAAACUUUUGAGUGGAUGAGGGUGAAAAGGAGUCAGCGCCGAACAAGCAGGAUGCACUUGACCUGCGGUGGCUUCACAACGGGCCUCUGCGUGGAGGAGGUUGGAAGCCCGGCUGACCGCGCCGCCGUGAACGGACCCCCAAGGACAAGUUUCAGCACCAAGCAGCUGACCGAGCUGGAGAAGGAGUUCUACUUCAACAAGUACCUGACGCGGGCCAGGCGGGUGGAGGUGGCCGGCAACCUCCGGCUCAGUGAAACGCAGGUGAAAGUUUGGUUCCAGAACAGACGCAUGAAGCAGAAGAAAUUAGAACGGGACGGGCUAAUCUCGGACGCCCGGGGUCCUCUGCAGGACGGGCUUGACCAGGAAAACGUGCGCCUCACCCUGAACUCCUGAACUGUAACUAUCGAGCGUUAUAGGGAGCGAUGGCGCCAGGCUGCAGGCAGAUGUUUUGAUUCGUGUUUGCAUCGUUUGCAAUCAGGCUUCACCUUUAUUUGUUUACCACGUUGGAUGCUGUACUCCCGAGAAACGUGAUGGCAGGCUCUCUUCAUGCAAGAACGAGUGAAAACGAUUUGUCAUUUACUGGCUUCAGACUGGGAACUCUGAUUUGAAUAUUAAAAUUGAAUGCCAUUUCAUUGUGCUCCAGUGUGCACAAUGUAAACGAAGAUACAAACUUCUUUAAUUGACCGUGGAAAUCCUUGGGAGGCUAUUUGAUUAUUUUGGACCAUUUACCAGGAGAUGAUUUUACUUAAAUAUGGCCUGUUUUAAUCAGCAGGAACCAUGUUUUUUUGUCCAGAUGGACGCCAGACAUAUUUAUCUAAGGUCCCUUUCAUAUUUUUUGAGAAACUCAAAAUCUAUAGGCAACAUUUAAUCACAAAUACACACACAGACACGCUCACGCAGUCAUAUAUAUAUAUGUAUAUAUAGUAUAUAAUAUAUAUAUAUAUAUAUAAUACACGAUACGCGAACAGCGUUGUUUCUUUGUUAUUACAAAGAUGUAUUUAUUGAAAAUUAACAGAUGGCCCUAAUGACACCAAAAAAGAUCUAAGUUUCGGACUUUAAACGUGAUUAUUUUAAUUUCUAACAACAAAACCUGGUGUUAUCACAGAGGAAAUGUUCGUAGAUCAAUAUGUUGUAGAAGAACCUUGAAUUACUAUUUAUAGCAUGUAAAUGUCCUUAUAGCCCUGUUAAAUUGUGUUUCUACAGCAGAUGCACCUGUUGUGUACACUGUAUGUUUGCAGAUACUUUGCGUGUGUACGUGCGCGUGUGUGUUAUAUUCACCUGCUUGUUUUCCCUGUUUUAAUAUUUUCAUUUUCCUGCAUCCACACAAAAUUAAAAUGCAAUAAUUGGAGGAGAGAUUUAUCGACUGCACUCAGUAUUAGCGUAUCGAUCCGUUGUGAUCCAUUCAUUGGAGGCGCUAAUCUAGGGAGCAUUUGCAUGUAUCUUUAACUGCAUGUUAAUGGAACGCGCAAAACGCCCCGAUCGGGAGCUGUUCCGCUCUUUAUUGCCUCUAUACUUGCAUCUGAAAAUGAUAAUUUGGCCUUGAAAGCUCAUGCGGGAGAGACAGUUAAUAAAAAAAGAAUGCCAUUGCUGGUUUGCGGAUCCACCAAUAAACUGCGCGACUACUAGCACAUCCCGCAGCUCAAUACUCCUCCCAGAUUCACAUCUCAUUUCAUGCAAAGUAAAUGACUGUAAACACGCUCCUUAAACACUGCUGCUGCUUUCACAAUCCGUUUCAUUCAUGUUAAUGUCUUUCAUAAUAUCAAGCUAUGAGCCAUCAUCCACAUUAAUUCUCUGUGAGGGUAUAUUUUGAUUAGCUUUCAAUUAGCGUCUUUGCACUGGAUAUUAUUGCUGCUACAUCCUAAACAAAUCACUAGAGAGCAAUCUAGACUGGUUUGAAAUAAACUUAUACAAAUAAUUACUUUGAACUUUCUUAGGUUAUCCGUCGAAGUCAUUCUGGUCAUAUUUUGAUCAUCUGUUUUGGUGGACACAUGCAGGGGCUGUGAGGCCAAGCUAAUGUAUGCAGUCACACCAGAGUUCAACUCUCACCUCCUGACCCUCGCCUUGCCUCGAGACAAGAGUGACCCGGUCAGUAGCUCUGGAAAGAAAGAUGCUCCAUUGGUUUGGGUGACCUCAGAGUCUGAGAUUUUUCUUUCAUUCGACUUCUUUCAGCAAGCAACUCCGAGCUCUUUUGUUCUGAUGUGUUGGUCUCUAUGUCCACACAACAAUAUUUCAUCGAGCUGAAUAGCAGUAGGACCAGGCCAUAUGAUAAUUGUUCAUAUUAUAAUUCUGCACCAUGGGAGAUGAUGUAUUUUUCUCCACCAAGAACUAACCUAAUUUUUUGCCCUAUAUUGCUUAUUUUCAUAAGCCAAAUAAAUGUGACUCUGGCUCACUUUAUAAAGUGGACAGAAGACUAUUUUAAUCCAUCUGGUUAUCUAAAUAUAACUUGCAGGACUAUUUUCAAAGAGAAAUUACACAAUUUUAAGGCAGAACAAAUAAGAUUCAGCACUAAAAACAUUUGCAAAUAUUUAGAGAUGCUUAGUGCUUAAUUAACACAUAUCUGCCUGAAUGAUUUCUAAAACAAAGUAAAAGAGGAAGACUGAAAGUGUUAAUUAAUAAAGAAAAAUGUUAUUGAGCAAAAUAAAGCUCACAAUGUUUCAUACAAAACGCCAUAAAGAUCAAGUCAUUCAAAUAAAAUUGUUGUUGAAAUAAAUUUAGAAACUAAGAUAUUAAAAUUUUCUAUUUUAGUGAUUAACAAAUAAAUAAAAAAUACAUGAAAUUUAAAAGCUAAGAAAUAACUAUUCUUAACUUUUUAAAUAAUUGUUUUUCAGAAAUAUUGAAGAACAUUUGAAGUCAAAAGACUAUUAAUCACAAGACGGAGAUUUAGAAAUCAUCUUUUUUCAGAAUUACUUUCAACUUUGCAUGCAAGUAUGACUCAAGAAGCGAUGCACCUAAUUUAUUGUAAAUUUGCAUUUAGGCAAAACACAAACCAUUAAGGCUCCCUUUCUCUAAACAAAAUAGGCAGAAUUGGAUUGUUUAACAAAAUCUUCAAUGAUGUCCUCUGUCUUUAAGGUCACUUGGAACAUGCUGAGGAUGAGAAUAAUCAUGCUUAUCUUAGUGAUAUCACGAUAAUAAUAUAAUGCUAAAGCUUGUUAUAAUAAAAACAGUGUUCUAUGUCCACUCUUGCUGCUGAAAACUCUUUCAUCAUCUUCUGCAGAUAUGUUUACUUUGCCACAGAGCUUCAGGGUUCUAAUGUGCACAGAAAGAUGCUUUCAGCAGGUGUGCAGUGAGACUUCUUCUCAAAUCCAGACUUACUUCAUCACAGUUUUAAUAGAUUCACUUAGAAAUAGCAACCAAAUAUAUGUGCAUCAUAAGGCUGGAGCGAAGGCAGCUGGAGGAAAAAAGUUGAUUCCUUCUGGGUGAACCAUUGCUCUAAUUUCACUCCACGGCAGCUUCAGCAUUUGCGUCUUAACUGAUGAAAGAAGAGCUAUGUUGUUUGCUCAGACCUGACAUUUUGCUCAAAUGCUCUUGAGUGCAACCCUGAUGAAUUUCUGCUCCUUACGUAAUUCCUCCCUAAAGAUGUACGAUUGGUUCAAGAGACUGACAACUGUGCCGUGCUCUCAGGCACACACGCACACACACACUUAGCACAAAAAGAUGAGAUUAAAACAAAAAGGAUUUUUUUUUUUUUUAAAUGAUGCCGGUACAGGUAGAAACAGUGCUGGCAUUAAUGAACUUACAAUUUUCCUCAACUUUAUUUUCCUCUUCCCUUCCUUGUGAUGAAAUCCACUCCAGAAAUCUAUUUAUUCAAAAAUUUUUUUUUAAUCACCAACAAGCACAUGAAUAAUUAAAUGAUUAUCAUUAUUUAUAAAAAAAAAAUUAAAGCUCCUGCUUGCAUAUUGUUGUGAUAAAACACGAAGCACACAAGGUAUUAAAGUAAAUCCAGUGAUGUAUUAGUGCAUGAUGAAUGGGACUAAUGACAAGCCUCCAUCCCUUUCUGUAUCCUGCUGCAAGUUAGCUGAUGUGGGCAGCUGGUAUAAUUCUCCAGAGGUGUGCAGACUGGCAUGAGCAAUGAGUGAAUAUAUGUGCCUUUACAGAAUAUCUCCCAUUACAUUUUAAAUGAACACAUAGAAGUUUCUGAGCUCAAUGUAAUUAAUGUGAAGUUGACCUAAAAUUAACUUAAUGCAUAAUAUGCAUGUAAUAUCCUCAACAGAGCUCAGGGGAGUGAAAUCAAUUGAUCAUUUGAAGCCAUUUCUAACUUAAUGCGAAACACUUACAGAUAGCUCUGUUGUUGUUACAGCCAUAGAUCAUUUGAAUGCUCUCCUUUUUUGUUAGUUUUUCUGCUUGUCUGAUUUUACUGUUUUUUCUUCAUUUGCAAGAACUUUCACGCACUAUUAGUCUUUCUGAUCAGUCUCUUUCACAUAUUUGACUACCAAACAAUUUGCGCAUCAAGAAAGUUGAAAUGAAGUGCACCUGUCUGCAUGAGUGUGUGCAAAUACCCAUUUGGAUGCCCUGUGUGUACAAUUACACAAAUAUGUGUUUUGUUUCCUAGGUGCUACUAAUAAAGCGCUCAAAAGGAUACAAAGCACCUAUUUGAAUAAUUGUUUACACACACACAAAUAUGUGCGUGCACAUGUGCUCACACAUGCAUCAAGCCAUACAUAACACAAUGUAACAGAGCCCCCUCUCCUCUCAGCAGCCUGCAGACCAGUCUGGUCCUUGUCUUCUCUCUUGCCUCCACUCCAGGGAGCAGAUGUUUGGGGACAGCUUACAGCCUCAGCGAAUUUCUGUGUACUCAGCAAACAGCAGCACUCAGCACUUCUGGCUGCAGUGGGAAAUUUGCUCCUGGGGGUGUGGAGGUGGGAUUGGAAGGCUAGGGUGGGGCCUUUGAGUCGGUGGAAAGUGCCGUGAGGACGGAAGGAGGGAGAAGAGAAGAGGAGGGUGCACGCAGAGGUGAAACUGUGUCAAGGUUGUGAUGGAAAUAAUCCACAUUUCCUCAGACCUCAGUUGCUGUGGGUUUGAGCUGCACUGCAGUGUCAUGAGCAGAAGCAUGGCUUUAGGAAGCUCAACCUCUGUCACACAUCCUUGUCUUUGUGACUUCUGCUCACUGACUUUUUUAAACUGACCUUUGAAAUGUUGCAGAUAAGCAUAAUUUGGAGAGGAAAAGAGAAAAAAAAUGCAAUAAGCCCUUUUCAAGAUUCCUGAUAUUGCAUUUGAGACAUAAACUACAAGACAAAGCCAAGCUAUGCUAAUGAUGGCAAUGAAAUUCAUGCAGUGAGGAUUGUGAAAUUAAUAUCAGUAAUAGAUCUUUUAACUAUCCUAGAGAGAGGUCAUAUUGUGGUUAGUGUAAAGCCUAAACAGCUAAUCUGAUUUUAUCAAUAAAACCAAUCACCUGCAAUAUGUUUAUAUUACAACGAUAUAUUAAGGGAUGAUAAGCAUUCACACUGAACAGCAUCCAUGUUACUAUGCAAAGUUACGUUGGUGGAGGAUAACGGCUAUAUCUGCGUGCCCAUUCAGCUGUUUGUGAGUCUGGAUCAUUUUUAACCUGAUAAGCCCUGAGGGGUUAUAAAGCAAUUUCCGCCCAAAAUUACAUAUCCUAAAUAAAUCAAGUAUAGCUCCACAGUUAUAAGGUCUACAUGCAGUGAAACCACUAUUGCAACUGUUACUUUGUCUGAUUUAUUUGGCGGUGUUUGACCGACUUUUAGAGCCGACGAAAAACAGGCAUCCCUCCGCUCAACCCGGGGUUAACUACAAAACUACAAAAAAUCUUCACUGGGAGCAAAGUGUACCGGAGUCAAAUUCCUUGUUUGUCUGUACAAACUUGGCAAUAAAGCUGAUUCUGAUUCUGAUUCUGAUUCUGAUUCUGAACUACUAGAGUCACAAAAGCACAGGAACAUAUAUUUGAUUCCGCUGAAUAAAUCACAGCCUGUCACUCAAAUCAAAAGUUUACUCCACCUUUGGCAGGCAGAGGAGUCACAUGUAACGAGGCAGACUUAUAACUCCACCAACGUAUCUUCAGUGUACACUGAUAUUGAAUAGCUGAGAAAACAGAUACAGAUAUCAACUGUCUACAUUUUCACAAGAUACCAUUAUGAGGCUUGGAAUUGUUUUUCACAACUGAAACAUUUGUGUUUUCCUAUGCUAAAUUUACCUUUGCUGAUGAUGGCACAUCAAACCUGAAUUUUUCCAGAGGCUUUCAUUUGGGCAAGGCCAAACGAAAAGGCACCUUACUGUGCUUCAUGAUCAACUGAUUAGAGGGGUCAAAGCCAGUUUAAGGUUUAAGCAGCCUUUGCCACUGCCUAGAGGCCCCUGCUGGACUGGGGGCCAUAAAGGACUUACAUUUACGCAGGACAGAUUUGGAAAUGUAUAAGUUUUGCACUUAUUAAAAAAGUUCAUAAUUUGAGUUACUGUAUAUUUUCUUUUAAAUUAAGAACAUUUAAAGCCAUGUAAUGGUUUUCUUUAUUCAUAGAAGUCAGGUUUUCAGAGUUCCCAGUUGCCAGCAAGAAGUUAAAAUUCCAUCUUUAAAAGUAAGAAUUCAUGAAGUUCAACUUCAGUAUCUAAUUUGGCCUCCACACAUGCAGAAUGUAGUGAAAGUUGGAAGUAUAAACCUUUUAUUGGCAUUCAUAUCUCAUUAAACCAGUGGCACACAUAGUGCUGUAAACCUUUUGUUAUAGACUAUUGUUGAGCGUGCUCCUCUUGUGCUUGAACACAGUAAAGGCAGAGAAAAACAUUUUUAUCAGCUUAUGUCUUUAAAGUAGGCAGCAUUGGUCCUACUGGUUUUGGAUGCUGCAGCUACAACUCUCUCUGCCCAGUGACAUCAUUCCUAGUACCAAGCUCCAACUUACUGGACAUUGAACCUAGCUUAAUAGCGACAGGCGCCUAGCUUUCAGUGAUACAGCCAUCAGCCUAGGUCAAUGUAACUUUAGCGUAAUGACAUGGGCAUUGCUCAUCUAAGAAAAUAGUACCAAACAUAAUGGUAUCUUCUUAAAGUGUAGAUGCUUAACAUCUACUUGAUUUAAUUAUUUUCCGUUUGAGUUGUUUCAGAUUGCUAAAAUCUGCUAAAACAAAGGACUGUCUGUCUAGGUGUUAGUCUUCCAUUGCUCAGAGGACUUAUAUACUUUUCAACAAACUCCCCAUGAUGUGAAAUCUUUCUACCUAAGGUAAGGGAUCUAUUACCCAGAACUUCACAGAACCCUAUGUGGGACAUUGUUAUUGGUGCCCUUUUUAAUUUGCAUUGUCCAAAUGAAAAAAAAAAAUCAAUCAACCGUACGAUAUGUAAAUUUUCCCCCUCUUCCCAAUAUGUUUCCAGUACAUUAUCCCAGCAAGAAGCCAUUUACAGUCCAACAUACUGUCUUAUUUCCAACAUGUGUCCAAGAACCCAUGUUUUGACCUCUCAUCAGUGUAUUAUGAUCCCUAAACAAACCGCUAUAGAUGAACCCUGCAAUGCUUAUUUGUCUGAAAGAAGGCAACCCCCUACUCCUCUGCCCCCGGGGUGAGGUUGCCAUAGUGACAGAUUCAUGGACAUAUGGAGAGAGAGAAGAAGGAGGAGGCCUGUUUAAAGGGGUGGGGCGGAACGGUUGAGGUGGAAGGACUAUUACCCGGAUGAGACGUUGGUGCUACAGUCGUUCAGACAUGUCUUUUUGCUUCAUCUUUCAGUCACCCAUCCAUGACUGUAUGUGCUCAGCAAGUUGACAGUUCAUGAACUUUUGUCAAUCAAGCCGCCAUCUUGGCUCCAUUUAAAGGGAAGGAAAAUUAAUGUUUUUCUUUAUAUGAAUUCAGAUAGUUAUAUCCACAUUUUGCAGUCUCGCUGUUUUAUCAUUUACGUUAAAGACUGAUCACCAUCAAGAGAACAAACAUACAGAUGUUUUUGCCCCUCGCUAAUUAGGUUCUUUUGAUCAUUUUAUUUGACUCUUCAGUCAACCUGAGGACAUGCUGACAUUGGACAGGAAAUGAGACAGAUGGAACACUCAAAGCAAAAAAAAUACUGGCACUUGUGUUGUAAAAACACAUUUUUAAUCUUUUAUAUAAAAGAAAAAGGUCAGGUGCUCGACCACUCCUCAAGCCUGCUGUUUUAUUUUCCAUUUUUGCGCCUCUCUGGUAAAAUCCUCUGUGCAGCUUCCCUUUAGCAUCCUACUCCUUUUCCUCUUCCCUCUCUCUCAGUAUCAUUAGUCUUCUCCUCUGCCUCUUUGCCUGCUCUCCAACUGAUAUGAGAGGGUGACCCCUGGGCCCUCAGGGGUCAAGUGAUACAAGGUCAUUGGCAGGUCAUCUCUGCUCACUGGCUGACCUCUAAAAGGACUUCUGGAAGCGGCCAAUCACAGUCCUGCUGUGUACCCCCUAAGGCGGGUCCCUCUCCCCAGCUCAUCAGCAGCAUGGGUCACAUGACCAGGGAGAGAUGUCAAAGGGAGGAUGAUUAAUGAUGCUUUUAGUACCUGUUUAGAAUGAAGCUGUCCACACCACGCUGUAAUUACCCGCUCCCAGGCGGCAGCUGCCCAACGUAAUUGCUUUUUGUUUGUUGACCUGGUUUAUUGAGGAAGAAGAUGGCUCUGGUCGGCUAAGAUGGAGCUAUGUACAGUACACAGAGGUGAGAAUAUAUGUAUGUCAAGAAUUUUGGUGGUUGAGCAUGGCUGAGAUUUAUAGCAUCUAUGCAAGACGAUAUAUAGUAUACCUUAGCUGAGCAUGUACACUUCAGUGAUACAAGUGACGUGACACAAGACACCAAGUUGCUUCAGGGUUUAAAGUGCCUUGCAAAAGUAUUUACACCCAUUUAACUUUUUUAAAUAUGGUCUCAUUGUCACAGACUUAUAUGUACGUCAGUGGCAUUAUGCAUAACUAGAAAAGUGGAAACCAAAUGAUGCAUGAUUUUUUUCACUAAUAAAAAUCACAAAAGUGUCAGCCCCA